AUGAAGCAACCGCCCAGCAAUGAAAUUCUUUCCUUGCCCCAGAGGGGGAGGAGACGAGUUGGUAGGAACAGCGCUAGUAGUGACGGGGUGGACUCCGAGGAUAACGGCGAACAGAGUGCAUACGACAGCGCAGAAGAAACUGAUGACAGCGGAAAAGGCGGGAGCUGCGUUCAUAUUGACGGCAACGACGAGGAGAGCGCGCAGAAUGUGGCCCUGCACUAUGCGGAGAAGAAAAUAAAGGACGGCCAAUUCGAGAAGACGUACCACUACGAAUACCUGGACCAUCCAGCCGAUGUCAUCCUACACAGUUACGGAAACACCCUAAAGGAGUGCUUCGAGUCUGCAUGCGUAUCAAUGUUUAACUACAUGUGUAACUUGAGUAAAGUGGAGCCAAAACUAUCAAGGCACAUAACAGCUAGAGGGGAGACCCUGGAAGACUUACUUUACAGCUUCUUAACCGAAUGCCAUUUCUUGUAUGGCAGUGAAUACAUCAUUUGUAAAGCUGUGGACAUUUCAGUUUUCGAUCAGAGGUCCUUUUUCAUCGAGGCCUAUGCAUAUGGUGAUGUUUUUUCGCCUGACCUGCAUGAAUGUGGCACGGAGAUAAAGGCUAUCACAAAACAUGAGCUGAGAAUUUGUUUGACGGAGGACCUUUGGGAGGCGUUUGUCCUGGUCGACAUAUGA